UGUGAUUAGGAACAGUAUGUCUAUUCAGACAUCCACAUAAUUCCAUCCUGAGCUUUUCUCACAGUGACCAUAGUGUUCCUUAUUAAAGUCACUCCUCCCUCAAGACCAACAUACAAAACACGACUAAAGUUCAGUUCUGUGUUAAAGACGGAGUAGUAACAUAAUCAUCUUCAGCAGCUAGAAUGUCUUGUCAACGUGUGCUCAUCUUGGUGCUCCUGGUUUUCCUAUCACUUAAUAUUGUGCAGAAUGAGGCUGCAUCAUUUCCCUUCUCUUGCCCCACCCUGAGUGGAGUCUGUCGAAAAGUUUGCCUACCAACAGAGAUGUUCUUUGGACCACUCGGCUGUGGAAAGGGAUUCUUGUGCUGUGUUUCUCAUUUCUUAUGACAACUGAAUAGUUCCUAGAUCAGUUCUGAUCAUGAACAAAUGGGGCAUAUGUGAAUAAAGACAUCACCACCACCACA